GUAGUGAUCUGUACGUGUAGCUGAGCGGUUUUCCUCAAAGCGACCGAGCUAGUGAAGUCAUUACGCUUUCCACUCUCUCAACGGGAGGUGGGGCUUUCUGCUGAAAAGCUGCACAAAGAGCAGGGUGUGCAGUCGCAGUCUCUUUCACGCUGUGAGUGCGCAGCGCCUGCACCGAUCGCUCCAACUUGGGACUUAAGUCCACAUCGCAUGAACCUGCGUUGCUUUGCUGCUGCUGCUGCGUCCUCGGCCGCGAACGACCCUCAGUGUCCCGCUGUGGCUGUUGUGCAGCAGACACUCUCCGACCCCGAAAACCGUCGGGAAAAGUGAGAAGAGAAGCAACGGGAGUGGUCUGGAAACUUUUGCCAUCAUGAGCUCGCAGACGGUCAACCUUGAUACCUACAGCCUGUCGUUGCUCACGGCCAAGGAGGACAUCCUCAAUCCCCGUUCCUCCACCAACUGGGCGAUAUUCACAUAUGAUGGGGUCACCAACAAGCUCAAACUGGCUGACUCAGGAGCGGGUGGUGUGGCAGAGCUGGCAGAGAAGUUUCACAUCUCCAAGCCUCAAUACGGACUGUGCAAAGUCGGAAGUGUGGAGGCAGGAGGCCCUCGGAUUGCUAUGAUCAGCUGGGUCGGUCAAAAUGUGGAUGACUUCCGAAGGACAGAAUGUGCCAGCCACAUUCCAGCCAUCAACAACUUCUUCAAGGAAGCACAUGCGUUCAUUAGUGCGGAGAAAGUGGAGGAUGUGACAGAAGAGAAGAUAAGAGCAGAGCUCAGCAAGGCCCAGGCCCACUCUCCCACACAGUGGGUGAGAAGGAGCUCCAGGUCUGCGGACAAGGAGGAAUUAGUGGGUACUAACUACAGAAAAACGAAUGCUGCAAUGGAGAUGAGACGAAUAAACAGAGACUCCUUCUGGGCACGUGCAGAGCGUGAAGAGGAAGAGAGGAAAGAGGAGGAGAAGAGGCGUGCAGCAGAGGAGAGACGUCGCCUUGAAAGAGAACGAGUUUCAAAAGAGCGGAGGGAUGCAGACGAGAGGGACAGGAAGAUGAAUGAGAAGCUACAGAUGAUUGAGGAGCAGAGAAGAAAACAGGCAGAGCAAGAAGAAGAACUGCGCGGAAAGGAGAAGUUUAAAUGGGAGCAGCAGCAGAGGGAGCAUGUGGCAGAUAUGAGGGCUCGUCUUAGUCGGAGUGAGUCCAUAGAGAAAGCAGCAGAGGCAGCAGAAUUGGUGUCCCAGCGCUCUAUGAACCCAAGGGAGUUCUUCAGGCAGCUGUCAUCAUCAUCAUCACAAAGUCCCACCAGCCCUGGAUCCUCCCGCUCUGGCAAACCCUUCAGGCGAUACCAGCGCAGCCUGACGGACACAGCCUUCAUCUUCUCUAAAGCAGAAGAGAGCACGUCAUCCUCCCCUUACAGCUCACCCCUGGUCUCCCCCUUCUCCCGAGCUCCGAGCUCCCCAAUCUACCGUGCCACGUCUCCCUCAACAAGUCCAGAUUUCCGCCCUGUCACCUCUCCACAAAGGCCCAGAGCCCCCAUUUCACAGCCCACAUCACCUCUCCGCCCUGCCCCUCCAGUUUCAGCCCUGCCCAGCGUUCCACAAGCCGACAACCAAGUUCAGGCUGUUGUUGAGCCCAAACCCCCAUCACCCACAGAGCCUUCUGCACCACCCGCCUCCCCUAGUCUCUUGGCUUCUUUGUCCCCCAGUUUAGUAAAAAACAACCCCUCUCUGUCACAUCCAGAGACCCUGCCGGCAUCGCCCCCUAACACCCCAAAUAGCCCAACCCAGCCAGAGCACUCAGCUUUCUUCUUCCAGUCUGUUGUGGCUCCAACAGCUCCUCUUCCAGAGGUACCACAGCCAAACACAGACCUCGACACAGCUACUCUUGUGCAUGCUGAGCUGGUCUCAGACACUGGCUACAAAGUGCAGGCUGUACUGGUGGAGGAAGAUGAGGAAGAGGAUGUGGAGGAGCAUGAAGAAGAUAAAGGUAAAAUGCAACUAGAGCCUUGUGCUGUUACCACAGAACCAGUCCAGACUGAGGCAGAAGAGCAUGAGGAGCAAGAGGACAAGGAGGAAGAGGAGGAAGAGGAGGAGGAGGAGGAGGAGGGAUUAAAACAGGAUGCUGAGAAGGCCCCACACAGUCAGACUCCCUCUGAGCCUGCUGAGCUUCCAAAGAAAGAGGAAGAGUCGACAGUCACUGAUGCUGAACCAAUUUGUCAAGUAAUGAAACAUGAGACUGUCGUCGUGUCAACCAAUGGGAUCACAAACGGAGAGCAAAAUCAGAAUGGCUUAGAGCGGUCCUUGAGUCCAUCGGACACAGAACUCAGCUCCCCGGAGUUGACUGGGUACUACGAUCUUCAUCGCACAGCAGAGGAGGCUGACGUUAACGAGGAAGAGGAACAGAUGAUCUCAGAGAAUGGACAAGAGGUUUUAGCAGAGCAACACAUGUGUGUCCGAGCUCUGUAUGACUACCAAGCAGAGGACGAAUCUGAGAUCUCCUUUGAACCCGGUGACAUCAUUAAGGACGUGGAAACGGUGGACAAAGCCUGGUGGAGAGGAUGGAGCAAAGAUGGCCAUCAAGGCUUGUUCCCUGCCAAUUAUGUGGAGACCAUAUAGACAGACAGAGAGACGCAGACACUCACUCAGGGACACCAUCUCACAUUUCCGCAUAUUUUUUACCUUAAUCCUCCCACUGAAACUUUGUACUCUCUAUUUUGUUGGAAGGAUGAAGGAAAGUGUGACUCCCUGUUUUGUAGAAAGCA